UCGUCGUACACCUCCACGAUCCAGUGGAUGAGAUCGCCGGGGAAGGUUUGCAUUCCAACCUCGCCCCAAAACUGCCGGCACCAUCCCUUCUUCCGCUUCUUGGAGAGCUGCCCCAGAACCCUCUCCGCCUUCAACCAAAUCCACGCCCAGUUCAUCGCCACCGGCCUCGCCUCCCACACCUAUCCCCUCUCCCGCUUCCUCCUCCUCCUCUCCUCCCUCCCUCCCCCCUCUCCUUCCCUCCCCCACGCCGCGGCCCUCCUCCGCUUCGCCUCCUCGCCUUUCCUCCCAAACACUCUCGUGUCUUCCCUCGCCGACGCCGGCCGCGCACACCUCGCCCUCGCCCUGUACUCCCACCUCUUCCUCCGCCUCCGCACGGCCAAGCCCAACGGUCACACUUUUCCCUCCCUGCUCAAGGCUUGCGCCGCAGCUGGCCCUUCCUUCUACCCCGCCGGCCGCGCCCUUCAUGCCCACGUCGUCAAGUUCCUCGACCCCGACGCCGUCGACCACUUCGUCUCCGCCGCGUUGCUCAGCUUCUACUCCCGCUGCGGAAAUGUGGCAUCUUGCCGGCGCAUAUUCGACCGCAUCGAGGACCCCGAUUUGCCCGCGUGGAAUUGCAUCAUCUCGGCGUACGCUCGCUCCUCCGGCGACGGAGGGGAUGCUGACCCCCGCAUGCAGAGCCUGUUCCUCUUCCGAAAUUUGCAGCUUUCCUCUCCUUUUCGCCCUAACGAGAUCACGCUCGUGGCAGUGAUCGGCGCUUGCGGCGAUCUGGGCGCUCUAGGGCAGGGAAUUUGGGCGCAUGCAUACAUGAAACUCAACCAUUUGACUGUGAACCAGUUCGUGGCCACGGCUUUGAUCGAUAUGUACUCCAAAUGCGGACGAGUAGAUCUAGCCGAGCAAGUGUUCUCUGCAUUUCCGCACAAAGACACGCUCUGCUACAACGCAAUGAUUCGAGGACUCUCUGUUCACGGUCGCGGCCAGCGUGCAGUUGAGUUGUUCGACAGAAUGACCAGAGAGAAUGUUGGGGUCGACGAGGUGACCUUUGUGGUCGUCAUGAACGCUUGUGCCCAUGCUGGAUUGGUCGAUGAGGGGCAGAGAGUGUUCCAUAGAAUGAAGAAGGAUUUCGGAAUCGAUCCAAAGACGGAGCACUAUGGAUGUUUGGUGGAUCUCUUAUGUCGAUCAGGUCUGCUAGAGGAGGCUAAAGCAGUGCUCGAAUGCAUGCCUAUGAAGCCUAAUCCAAUCUUGUUCAGGACCUUGUUAACAGCUUGUGCAGUCCAUAACAACUUGGAGCUCGGAGAAAGAGUGAUGGCGAAGCUAAUGGAUUCAGAGCCGCUGCACGGUGGCAACUACGUGCUGUUGUCGAACAUGUACGCAAGAGCAAGCAGAUGGGACGGUGUGAUACAGGCCAGAGCCCUCAUGAAGAACAAGGGCAUCGCCAAGUCACCUGGUUCGAGUUUUGUUUAGAUUAAUGGAUCGAAGUUUCUGAUGGGAGACGAGGCACACCCACUUUGGAAGGAGAUUCAUGAGACGCUGACUGACAAUGGAUAGAAGGUUGCAUGAGUCGAAUAUGUGCCAAGGACAAAGGAGUAGGGUUACGAGAGCCCAGCUGAGUUUUAUAGUGUUUACUUUUAUUUAACAAAGAUUAUCAAGUUGAGUUAAAUCGAACCUAAAAUGUCAUUGAAAUAAUUAUUCAAAGACUU